UGAAGAUCAUUAGGUUAGAGAAGACGGGUGUGGAGGCCGGCGGCCAUUUGCAUGAGACGGCGUUUCAUGACGCGAGGUUAUCAUUAUUUGCCUCUAAAUUCCUCCAACAUGGAGCUGGAUUCUGACGAUAUAUUGAACGAGGUGGAUGAACUAUUAAGCAAACUUGAUAAGUUACCAGAUGAUGUGCGUCUGCAAGCCCUCAAGAAACUUUCGCAAAAGGUGUCGGCACCGAGGCUGCGUGGAGGAAGAGGUGGCCGAGGCAGGGGACGGGGACCGUCGAGAUACUCAGGGACACCAUUGCUCAUUGAUAAUCAGCCUAAUGUUAAUAUAAAAAAAGAGAAUGAAAUUUCUGCUGAAAGCGAUGAGCCAGAGAUGCAAAAAACUUCACAGGAAGGUGUGUUGUCAGAAUGUCAGGAAGAGAAUGGAGAAGUAACUCAAAAAGAAGAAAAGCCUAAAUCUGUAAAAAAGAAGUUAAAAGUGAUUCCAGAAAAUACUAUAAUAAAAGGAAGGCGUCACACAAAGAAAGUAGACUACAGGCAGUUAGCGGAGUUUGGCCAUGGAGAUGAGAUUAAAGAAGAGGAGGAGGAGGAGGUGCAAGCAGAGAACAAACCACAGUCUAUUUUCCAUGUUAAACGUGGUCGAGGCCGGCCAAGGAAGUAUCCACCUGUUGUUAGAGAAGCACCAGUCACUAAUACUGACCAAUGCUCACCACCAGUGCUGCUCUGUGACUCUCAGAUUAGCGAGAAGUGUACAACUCAAUCAAAAACUGAUGAAACUGGAAACGGAGAGAACCCUGGAAUAUCAGAAACAGAUCAAGGCAAUGGGUUUGAUCUGUUGGAGAGCUGCCUAAAAGAGAGUGGGAUUAAAGCUGUGGAUUCCGAGAGAAGAGAAAGACAGAUGACCGAGCAGCAAGUUAGAGAGAAAGAGAGUGAACCCAAUUCUGUAGAUGGCCUGGUGAAAUGCAAGGAGGAGCCAGAAGAUGUCAAAAGUGAAGUGCAAAAUGUGUAUGUGUGUGAUACAGUGGAGGCUGUUGAUAAUGUCCCUAAAAAGAAAACUGUAAAAUCUCAAUAUAAAUGUGAGGAAUGUGGAAAAAUGUAUUCCACAAUGUCCAUAUUAAAAACACACCAGGUUCGACACAGAGACAAAGCAGAUUUGCCAUUCAAAUGUGCGAAGUGUGACUUUAGUGCAGCAUCAAAAAUUGAGUUGUUUCGUCAUUCAUACAAACACACAGACACUCAGUUAUAUAUAUGUGAAAUUUGUGGCAACACAUUUUCAAGAGAUACAAGCCUAAGAGAACAUAUAGAAUAUGUUCAUGCCAAAUCCCGCAGGCUGAAAUGUGCCCUUUGUAACUUUGUAACUCAUCGUCGUACUACAAUACGCAACCACAUGCUGACUCAUGAGGGAGCGCGGCCAAUCAUUGCCUGCCCUGUAUGUGGAGUGACAUUUCGCUCAAAGAGAAAUUUAAGAGCACAUUUGUAUUCUCAUGCUGGUGCCAAGCCUUUUGCUUGUGAAGAGUGUGGUAAGAAAUUCAUCAUGAAGAAUCGCUUAGCAGCACAUAUACUGCAAGUCCAUGGGCCCAGAAGACACAACUGCCCUCACUGCAUCAAGUGCUUUCCAACAAUUCAUCACCUACGUCGUCAUGUCAGGAUUCACACAGGAGAGAAACCGUAUAAGUGUUGCUUUUGUGCUUUCACUUGUAACACUCAGGGUAAUCUAAUCAAACACAUCAGACAAGUUCACGACAGACUUAAUUUCACUUAUAAAGAUUUCUUACGAGAGUGUGGGAAAGAACAGCAAGGGCCUGAAGUGGAUGAUCAAGACUUGGAGAAGAUGAGCAAAGAGGGAAGAGAGCUAGCACAAAAGCUGUUACCUACUUUAGCAGAAUGGACGUGUCAGACGCUGACUGUGGACCAACUCAAGGAGCAAGUGCAGAAGGAGAGGGAUUCGAAGGUGGCGGCACUACAAGAGCAGCAGGCUAGACGAAAAAGACGGAUAUUGAGGAAAGGGUCCAGCAGCGUCAAGCCUUCUUCGUACUACAAUGAACCAGAUGGGAAGAUAACACUCUAUGCUCUUGCAGGGGAUACAUAUGACGGUACUCCCAUUGUCCAUCCAAUGGACGAGAACAUAACAGUGGAGGCUGGACUAAGUGGUCUUGGUGAUAACCAGUAUUUACAUUAUCAUUACACAGAUGAUAGUGGAUGUGUGAUGAUGAUUCCCUGGGACAUGUCACUGAUAGGAGAGAGUGAAGAGGGGGAAGAGGAAGGUGAGUGGACACAACAUACUCUGCAUGAAGAUAGAAUCGUUAAAAGUAACAGUGCAGAGGAUGAUGUUGUGACCAUCAAGGUUCCAAAGAGUAAUAUUAAUUUACCCAGUAUAGUAACAGACAAUAAUAUAUCAAAUUUAGCAUCUUCACUAGAGAUGGGCAAUGCAGCUGAACAAGAAAAGAGUCGUGCAAAUACUAGUAUACAAGUUUCAGAUAACGUAAUACAAGUCAGUAAUUUAGGUGAGGUUGUUGGUGAGCUGGAUCCUGCUAAUGUGAAAGGAGCUGUAAGAGCCGCAAUAAAUGUUGAUGUGUUACCAAAGAAAAAAUUCUGUAAGCAACUUCCAGAAUCAAUACAGGUUAUUGCAUCCAAUGAACCAGUGGAUGAUACUGUGCCUAAUGCUUCAAAUUUUGUUUUGCCCGAGGGCUACAUAGUGGAUGAUGAUGGACAAGUCAUUCAGCUAACAGACAAUGUCAUAGAUACCAACCUCCUCCUCAGACAAAUGGGGCAAGUUGUCCGAGGAGCAGAUGCAUCCGAGGUCACAAUAAACAAAAUUACAAGUAAUGUUUAUUCACUAAUGAGCCAAGGCAGUGAUGGCCAAGAAGGGGAGACAUUUGUUAUCACUACCCAAAAUGGAGAAGAUGGGGAGGAGGAGGAAGAUGAAGAUAAUUCUCAUUCCUAUGAGAGAAUGGAAAGAUCAGUGGCCAGAGUUGAUCUCUUACCUGUGGAUGAUGAAGAUGAUCGACAAUCAGCACUUGUUCUUAUAGUCAAUGCUGAAGACUUGGAAAAUUCUUGAUUUUAUGUUUUGUAUUGGAAUUUCUUAUCUUGGUGCUGUAGGUAAUAUCUACUGUACUUAGAAAUUGUGGGCUGUGUUUCUUGAAAGCCUUGUGUUAAGCAAACUUUGUUUUAUAUUAGAAACUAGUUAUCUUCCAGAGACCUCAAAAAUUAAUUUUUCAAUUUUUUUCAGUAAAACACUUACCUGAACAUAUAAUUUAAUACUCCUACCACUUUUCAGUCACAAAUACAUUAAAUGAUGAAGAGUAAAACAGAGGAAGUUCCUUAAUGCAAGAAUGUGCAGUAAUAAAAGAAAUGCAUAACAAGAUAGUCAUGGGUCUUAAGACAUAGUAUUUGGGUGUCCUGUGCUCACUCAGCAUCAAGCUCCUCAUUUUGCAUAUGGGCAAACUUACCCUUGUACAGUUUGAAUUUUGAUAUUAGAAAAUCAGUCGUGCACAUCUGAAUGCAUGUUCUUCGAGCUCAUGCAGAUCAUCAUUUCACUGUGAUGGUGGAUACUCUUCACUGGUGAAGAGUAAAUUUUAUAGUAGGACGAAGGAGAGGAAGACCAUAAAGGUGGGCAGACAUUGUCAGUGUGUGUGUGGAAGCUGGGAGUCUGAACACAUGGGAUAUGGUAAGGGAUAAAGCUGGGUGGAAGUAGUUUGUAAGGAGGAAAUGAUAUUACCACAUACAGUAACAGGUACUGUAUAUGGUAAUUCAUGAAGAGCACUGUACAACUGGGCUUGUGAAGUACAGUACUGUAUUCACCUAGUUGUGCUGUAGGGGUUGAGCUCUGUUCUUUCGACCCGCCUCUCAACUGUCAAUCAAUCAACGAUCAUUUUUUCACACACACACGGAUACCACGAGUGUAGCUCUCAUCCUGUAACUACACUUAGGUAAUUACACACACACACACACACACACACACACACACACACACACACAUGACAUGACAAUGUAUAUGACAUGACACAUGUAUAUGACAAAGAGUGCUGGGAAGACGGGACACCACGAGCGUAGCUCUC